AUGGAAACUAAUAAUGGAAAAAACCAGAAGAAAGUCACCUUUAUGCUUGAAGACUUGAACAAUAAGCAGAUCUUUGUGACACUUUGGGACGGUUAUGCGUAUCAAAUAAUGGAAUUUAUCGAGAAACUUUCUCCCGAAAUUUCUUCCAGUUAUUCUGGCUUAAGUUCUUCUGUUGUGAAGUCUGCCACUGAAGAGUUCCUUUCAGACUUGACUUUUUAUCCCAUUGGGUCGUUAAACUCAAUAGAUACGACGAAGUUUGUUGUCAUUCUUGGGACUAUCAAGAGUUUUGCAUCAAACAAUGAGUGGUUUUACAACGCGUGCACAAGCUGCAACAAAAAGGUUUCAACCGUUACUUUUGUUAAAGAGAAGCAGGAUGGUAGUGAUGGUUUUGAAGAGGUUACUGUCUUGGAAUGCAAGACUGAUGUUUGUAAUACAAGGACCGUUUCAUCAAUUCCAAGAAUUAGGCUUUCUAUACGUGUGCAAGAUUGUACUGGUAUUGUGACGCUGACAUUGUUUGAGCGUGAGGUGACAAAGCUUUUGAAGGUUAAUGCUAAUCAGCUGUUAGACAACAGCAUUGAAUUGGCAAAACAAGGAAACUUUCCAAAUGAGCUAAAUUCUUUACUCAAUAUGAAGUUUGCAUUCAAGAUUGUUGUUUCUUCUUUUAACAUUAGCAAGAAGUCUGAUGGCUACUCAGUCUCCAAGAUGACUAAUAACCCGAUGGUUUUGUCCGAGCUUGAUAAACAUUUUGACACUAUUCAGCCUAUUGAUGAGGAAGUCGUCAAUGUCGAACCAGCUGAUUCAAAUCGUAAUGUCGAUUGGCCUGUUAAGGAUUCUAUAUCCCAAACGAGAGACGAUGUAACCCCUUGCUCAAAUGUUUUUAAAGUUGGGUUUACAACAUCCUUUGAUCAUGAGGAUGCUAAGUUGGAUACGAUGAGCGAAGGUGACUUGAAACGCAAUUUGGAUACCGUGUAUGACGUGGAUGAUUUUUCUUCGCAGUCUUCAUCAAAAAUGCGUAAAGUGGGUUGUGUCGAUGCAGUGCUUCUAAUUCCAAAGACAGAAAAGUAG